AUGGAGCCAGUCGUCACGUCAGUGGUUGGUCCAGACUCUGAGUUUCACGACCCGGAGCGUGUAAAACUAAUUGGGUCCAUCCUUAGAGCAAUGAGAGAACUGGAAAUUAACGCUGGUGCUGACCCAGGCACAUGGCUUCCCCUCAACGAACUAGUUUGGAGUUGUAUUUGGUUGUCUGAUAUAGAACGCCUUGCCGACCUCACCUCUAGUUUUGAAAAAGACCCUUCUCAUAUUUUCCAGAUUUUAUAUGCCACAUUUUCGCUCACAGAGUUGGGAGCUCUGUGGACUAGCCAACGGUCGACAAGCUCCACGCCUAUAAGUCUGGACCAAGUACACCAACCAACCCAAGAGUUGAAACCACACCGUCCAAACGCGCCCCUAGUCCAUGUAGAAAGCGAAGAAGAAUUGAGUCUUCCUCACCUCGAUCUGACCCCACCACGACCCGAUCUUCCUCCAAAAAAGUUACGGAAUUACCUGGAUAGUCUGCGACUUUCAACUGCUGCGCUUCCUGAGGAUCCGAGCCAGGAGUUUACUGUUGAACCUCCGUCAUUCCCUGCCAACCUUGGACAGGGUGGUCGAGAGUGUGUUUAUGGCGAGCGUCCAAACAUUCGCCUUUUCAACUGUGAAGCCAAUGAGCUUAUUUCAUCUGGACAGGUGAUAACUCUAACAACUGAAGACCCCGAAUCCCUGCCACUGCCGGAUUUGAAGCUCCUUGACCUUCAAUGGAAAUUGCAUAGAGUCCUUGCUCUUGUAGCCGCUGCCGGGUACAACGAGGACGAGGAUGAAAACUAUGAUGACGAUGAUAGAUAUGGACGUGAGCCAGUAAUUGUCUCCGGGGAAGAGGAUUCGUUGGAUGAGUAUGAGAAACCUUGGGCUAAAAAGCCCUUUGAAUCCCAUACAUCUACUACUGCUAUGGGGAUUAUCUAA